GCGACGACGGUCCUAGGACGCCUUCACGACGCGCCGGCGACCACCCCCCUCGCAGGAGAGUGCUACGCACGAGCGUCGUCGUCAGUCGACUUGGGACUUCAACUCCGCCGGACUUGUUCAUCCUUGCGAGCGCGCGCGAGAGUUGGACUUUGACUUUUCGCCGCGCGCUUCGACUUGGAACUUCGUCUGAACGCAGUGCUGCGAUACAAAAAAUAAAACUAAACCAACAAGAAAACAUUCAGUGAACUUUUGUUUUUCAAAUAUAACCGCUAUAUUUAAUAACCAACCAUUUAACCAGUUAAUAAAUUAAACUUAAAUGUACGAGAACACUUAGUGAAAAUUAACUAUAAUCACAGUUUGAACUGAACACGAGUUUUAAACACAGUUUGCUACAUGGACGAAUAAUACUGGAGUGGAAAAACUAUCUUCUUCAUCACCAACUAUUAUUAUCCUCCUUUAAACAAAAAAUCACUCUGCUGCUCAUGGAUAUUUUUUAUUUUUGUUUAUGCGAGUGUCCGAAGACUACGUAAAUGGACUAUAACUUGCUCCCAACUUCCCUCCCUUCCAAACGGUAUUGACAUGGGCGACUAUUCUUAAGUGGGGGCCACCGCAAAAUUCAUCUGCCUGGGGCUGCGUAGAGGGGGAACCGGUACGACCAAUAACGCUUUAACUUAUAAUGUCAUCGGAGGAGGAGACAGAGUUCGGUUUGUACACAGAUAAACUCCUGAAGAAAAGCAAAAGAACCAGACAGCGCGUGGACGCCGGCGAGCCACGCAAUAGCUACUCGUCGAUACCGAACUUCAGUUCGCGGCCGACCUUCCUCGGCAACGGUAAUAGUUUGUACGGCGCGAUCUUCACGCAACAUCAACAGUUCGGUCUUUUCGGACCGGGUUUCGCGCCGGCGAAAAUGUUAAACGAACUGCUCGGCAGACAAAAGGCGCCGGCUUCGACAACGCCGGUGUCACAAGUGGGCCCAGUGGUGGAUGGCAACAACACAGAGAGCGAGGAUUCGGUGAAGUUCGACGCGGUGAUACGGUGCGGUGGCGGUGGUGUUGGUGGCGGUCUAACGGACGGCGGCGGGAGUCCGCCUUCGGGCGAACAGCUCGCUCACCACAUGCUGCGCGAUAUCCUUCAGGGGCGCAAGCACGAAUUCCUCGCGCUGGAGCACGACCUGCGCAACGGCGCACAGGAUCACAACAUCAUGAAUAACAAUAACAACGAACCGAACAAGGCAGACACCGACCGCAGCCAGGACGCCGCGGAUGCUGCGGCUGUGGUUGCGAUGAAGGAAUGCCUAGUGGAGGCGGGUGUCGUGGGCGAGCGCCAGCAGGCGGAGCUGAUGGAGGAGGCGCUCAACGGCAUGGAGACGGAAUCGUUGCCGUCGCCGAAAGUGGAGCCGUCCAGCCCCGCUAAGCCAGAGGAUGCGAAGAAGGCGCGCGUGGAAAAUAUUGUCUCAGGUAUGCGCUCCAGCCCAGCGCCGCAGCAGGUAAACGGUUGCAAAAAGCGCAAACUCUACCAGCCACAGCAACACGAUAGCAAUGCUGACCGAUACAUCGAUGACGAAGAGGAGCUUAUGAUGGAAGAACCCAUCCGGCAGAAGCGCGUUGAGAAGAACGCUCUUAAGUCGCAGCUGCGCACAAUGCAGGAACAGCUCGCCGAGAUGCAGCAGAAGUACGUGCAGCUGUGUACCCGCAUGGACCAGGGAUCAGAAGAGAGUCAGGAGAUCGAGGAGUUACCUAGCGAUAGUGAGCAGAGCAAAAGAUCGGCGCCCGCGUCGCCAGUGCCGUCAGUAACGACGCCAACCACGACGCAGCCGCCAACGUUGGCGCAGCAGGUGAGCAAAUUGAAGAUUAGUCCUCCGGGUGGCCGGCCGUUUCACAACGGUCUGCUGCAUGAAAACCCACACCUUAGCAAUGCCGCCGCCAUGUAUUUGGGCGUUAGUCACAAACUGAUGCUGGAGCAAGAGGCACGUAUGGUCAAGGAGGCGGCAGCCGCCGCUUCAAUGGCCGAGUCGCAGUCUCAUGCCAGCCAACAAGUUCCUCAUCCGACCAACAACCACCACCACAGCCACCAUCAUCAACAGCCGCAUCAUCCGCAUCACCAUUCGCAGAAACCCGAGAACUUUGCUGAUCGGCUAUCAAUGAUGCGCAACAUGACGACACCCACUGGAACCGACCUCGAGGGCCUCGCUGAUGCUCUCAAAUCCGAGAUUACCGCUUCCUUGUCGAAUCUCAUCGAUUCGAUUGUGACCCGCUUCCUGCAUCAGAGACGGUGCAAGAACGACGCGGCCGCCUCGGCGGAGCAGCUCAACAAGGAUCUGCUCAUGGCGUCUCAGCUGCUCGACCGCAAAUCUCCCCGGACCAAGGUAGCCGAACGGCCCAGCGCACCUCCACCAUCAUCCGCAAAUCCUUCAAUCGGUGUGGGCGGCGGAGGUAACCCCCAUACCGGGAGCAUCAGUGGCAGCAACACACAAAUGGUAAAUGGAAAUGGCCCAUGCCAUCCGAUGAUGCCUGCGCAUCAUCAUCACAUGAAUAACAUGCACUCCAAACAAACGAGCGAUUUGCAUAUAAGGCCUCCGAUGUUUCAGCCGCCCAAGCCGCCGGGCAUUAGCCAAGCAGCGCUGUACGCGAUGAACCAUCCUUUCUGCGUUGCCAAGCAGGAGAACAGCCCCGAGCAGAACGAGGCCCUCAGUCUGGUCGUGGCGCCCAAGAAGAAGCGGCAUAAGGUAACCGAUACGCGCAUUACGCCGCGCACGGUCAGCCGCAUUCUCGGCCAGGACGGCAUGGGUAUGUCUCCGGCGUCGAUGGAGCCGAAUUCGUGCCCGUCUCCGAGGCCGCCACCACCCUACCAUCAACCGCCUCCCAUGCUGCCCGUUUCGCUGCCCACCUCAGUGGCCAUCCCCAAUCCGGGUCUGCACGAAUCUCAGGUUUUCUCACCAUACAGCCCGUUCUUCCACGGACCGAGCCAUGGACACCACAUGGCCAUGCAGUUACAUGGUUAUUUGCAACAGGCGUCGUCCUCGCCGCCACGCAUGCAUAAGAUAGAGCGUGAUUCGCCGCCGCUGCAUCAUCCUCCGACGUUACUUCAUCCGGCUCUCCUCGCCGCCGCCCAGCACGGCGGAUCGCCCGACUACGGCCACAUACGCGGCCCCAACGGUGGUAUGAGCAUGGACGCCGACCGAAACUCCGACUGCAACUCCGGGGACAUCUCGUACGACGGAAUGCAGCCUACAUCGUCGACUCUGACGCCGAUGCAUCUGCGAAAAGCCAAGCUGAUGUUCUUCUGGGUGCGCUACCCCAGCUCGGCGGUGCUCAAGAUGUACUUCCCGGACAUUAAGUUUAACAAAAACAACACUGCCCAGCUGGUCAAGUGGUUCUCCAAUUUUAGGGAGUUCUACUACAUCCAAAUGGAGAAGUACGCCAGGCAAGCAGUGUCGGAGGGCGCGAAGAACGCCGACGACUUACACGUCGGUGGAGACUCUGAAUUGUACCGCGUGCUCAAUCUGCACUACAACAGAAAUAAUCACAUCGAGGUAUGGGGCCCACAGGUGCCGUCAAAUUUCCGCUUUGUUGUGGAGCAAACGUUGCGCGAAUUCUUUAAGGCGAUCCAGGAAGGCAGGGAUACGGAACAAUCGUGGAAGAAGUCGAUAUACAAGAUCAUCUCACGAAUGGACGAUCCAGUGCCCGAGUACUUCAAAUCGCCCAACUUCCUGGAGCAGCUCGAGUGACCGGCGCCGGCCGGCAUGCAUUGCACGGAGGCGCUGCCCAACGGUAACGAUAUCGCCAUUUGGUAACGCGCGUUACCAAUCCACACACACACACACGAACACACAUCAACUGCAACAGGGAAAAAGAAGCCACCAACAACACGAAAAACAUAAGGUAUCGUCAUCGUUGGCUAACAACGCAUCGCGCAACUAAUUAUUAACAUAUUUAGAAAUAACAAACAACAAAAUGAUAACUGAAGAUCACACACAUAACAAAGCGGCGGCGGCUUGUAACCAGAGCUACAUGCCGCCAUGACCGCCAUCGCUUAACAUAAUAUUAUUGAGAAUGAAAAAAUCCAACGAAUCGGUGACGCAUGGUGCGUAAGUUUAUUAAAAAUUUAAAUUAAAAAUGAAAAAGAAGCAAAAAAAUGAAGCUGUCAACGUUUUAUUGUUUAUAUAUAAUAAUAUUAAUAUAAUAUAUAUUAGAAAGAGUGAAAAUGAGUAAAAGAAAGAGAGUACUAAAAUGAUAUUUGGAGAAAGCCGUUCUGAAUCGCGAUGGGCAACGCUGUGCGCGUUUGUUCCGGGCGAUUUCAGCGGUGUUGUUGAAAAUUGUGUUAGGUUGACAGUUUGAUUGCGUACGAAAAUUGCACAAAACUAAGCAGAAGUGAAGCAUAACAAUUGAUGCAAGAAACAAGUAAUAAAUAACAAAAAGACUAUUGUUAAUUACUAAAUAUCUCCGCCUCAGGCUAAAGCGUUCGUCGCGACGAACAGUGAAUUACAAAAUUAAGGUGAAAACAAAACAAAAAAAAAAAACAAGAAAAGCGUGAACUAAACGAAUAAUUAUAAAUAUAAUCAAUCAUGUCGCGCGCACGCACGCGCGAUCGAUUAUAAAAUAGUUAAUCAUUGAAUCAUUUUACCUGAUAUCUUAUUAUAAAUAAUUACUAAAUAACCGGAUAUUUAAAAAUUUAUAUCGGACGAGAAAACGGGAAAAGCUAACCAAGUAUUUAUUAUUCAUAAUUGCAUUAAUUGAUAAUUACGGAGCUAAAACGAGGUGAAGAUGGGAUAAAAUAGAUACAAACAUUUGUUUUUGUACGUAAGCGAGCUAUCAGAUACGGUCAAAGUACAAUCUGCACGAUUACGUUGUGUCUAUUUUCUCUUUAGUUGGAUUCUUUGUUUCAUUUUUAACGGAACUCUCCACAUCAAAUAUUUGUGUUUCCGAUUCGAUACACUUUCGCGAUGGGACAGCAAAGAGCACCGCCAUGUCAAUCAGGACAUGCAUGUACAUACAAGUGUAUAUAUUAUUACUUAGUUAAUAGCCUAAUUUAUAUUGAAGUAUUAUUUGUACCACGAUUAAUUAACCAAAGUUGAUUAUUACACAGCUAGUCCAUUUGCGCUCGAAUGUCUCCAUUUCAUGAAUCGAUAAUGAUUGCGUUUUGGGGACAUUCGAUCUGUAAAGUCACCUUGCGUGGAUAGCACCACGCAUGUCUUACUCUUUUUGAGUGAGACAUGCGUUGUCCUGCUGCGUAUGCGUACUUGCCCACACGAUUCGAAUCAGAUUCGAUCGAUGUUUUUAUAUUAUACGUUGUAUUACGUUGGCAUGCCCUUUAUGUUAAGUUAUUUAUGUUUAUUUUGUACAUUUCCACAUUCUAAUAUUGUAUUUUUAUUGUAGUAAAAGAAAAAAAGGCUAGUUGCUAAUUAGUUUAAUCGGGAUGCCUGCAUAAUAUAUGUUUUUAGUUAAUUUUAAGUUAAUCUUACGUUCACGAGCACUGUUUUAUUUUAUUUUCGGAAAGGAGCGGCCAUUGUAGUCCACCUUUGUACACCGUGUGAGGCAACUAGUCAAUUAUUUAAUUUAAAUGGAAAAAAACAUCAUCACGUACAAUCAUGAAUGAAAAUAUAAUUGAUUUUAUUUUA